GGGUGUACAGCUGAUCGCGAGAGCACAGGCUCGCAAGAAGACGUCGCGGGCUUGACGGGAAGAGACCGAGCUUCCGGGCUUUCUGUCAUGAGCGAGUGACGACGGCUGGUGGUGGUCGGCUGAUUGUCAGCGAAUCCUCCGAGUGAUCGCGUCUCGCGGUGAGAUUGGAGAGAGAAAGAGAGGGGUAUCGGACACCGAUCCGCAGGAUGUCGCCGAGGUAGCGGGACGAGGCUCCGGAGAGAGAGAAAACACCACCACCGGACGGUCCAUUUAGAUGUCGCGCACCCCCUUCCCCUCGUCUUGCAGCCCGUUUACGCCGGAAUCGAGAAACCCGAGCUGGAACGCGAGGAUUUACUCGAGGCUCGAGGAUCGUCGUCCGCUUCGGGAAGGUUCGACGAAGUUCAUGACAAGGAUUCGAGGAUUUGAGGCGAAGUAGACGAUCGUGAGGAACGUCCGAGGUCACGUACCUGCGACCGAAUGUACAAAGCAUCUCCGAGGACCCGCUAGUUUCUGAGGAUCCAAGGACACUCCGUAGUUUCUAAGCAAAGACCUCGUCUUGCUUGGAUAACCAUCCGAUCACGCGACUCGAGUUUUCUAAACGAACGUAACAUAGAGAAUAUUGAUAAUCUUGGAGAAAUAUUAAUCAAGUGUGACGGAUCGAUUUCACACGGAGCUUCGACUUUGUAACUACACUAGCGGAAACUGUAAAUACCCGACGAUCCAGAGUUCUGCGCUAAUCCUUGAAGCACCCGAAUAUUCAAGAUAUUGGAGUUCAAGGAUCUAAGAGCUUUCUCUUUCUCUCUCUCUCUCUUUCUCUCCCUCUCUCCUUCUCUUUCGCUCCCUCUACGAAAUCUUCCAGCGGUACAUGCGGCCAAAUCUGCCAUGAGUCCCUGAACGUCGCUUAAUAAAUCGUCGAGCUUCGUAAUCGCCGGAUGUCGGUGGGAAUCGAAGUAUCGAUUCACAAGAGCGACAGAUUGAAAGCUUCUGCGGCCGUCAGGACGCUCGAUAACCACGAGAGAUUCGUACAAUGGCCAGCGAAAGGAUAUCAGGACAACACAGAACAUCGUUACCAGUUCCGGGCCAUUCCGAAGUAAAUCUCUGCUCGGUGCUAUCGCUGGGCAAGGACCUCAGCAAGAUCACCAUGCCGGUCAUCUUCAACGAGCCGCUCUCCUUCCUCCAACGUGUUGCGGAAUACAUGGAAUAUGCCAAAUUACUGAAGCUGGCAUCGCAAGAGGAGUCGCCAAUUUCUAGGCUUCAGUACGUCGCGGCUUUCGCUGUGAGUGCUCUCGCCUCGAACUGGGAGCGCCUCGGGAAACCCUUCAAUCCGAUUUUAGGGGAGACGUACGAGUUGCAACGCGAGGAUUUUCGAAUAAUAUGCGAGCAGGUGUCACAUCAUCCUCCGGUCUCAGCGUUUUACGCCGACAGUGAGGAUUUUAUUUUUCAUGGCAGCAUUCAUCCUAAAUUGAAAUUCUGGGGAAAAUCAAUAGAAGUGCACCCGAAGGGGAUUGUCACGGUAGAGUUACCCAAGUGGAAGGAGGCUUAUACCUGGCAAAACGUCAAUUGUAUCCUGCACAACGUGCUGGUGGGCCAAUUGUGGAUGGAACAAUUAGGCGCCCUGGAUAUCAGACAGUACGGAGGAGACAAUCUGAAGGCCACAUUGGCGUUCAAAAGCGGCACUUGGAACGGCAAGGACCUCCAUCGCGUCGAGGGCUUCAUAACGGAUCAGGAAAAAAGGAAGCUGCUCUUUCUCUACGGUAAAUGGACCGAAAGGUUACGCUCUUGUGAACCCUCGUUCUACGAAGAAGCGCUCGAGAAGGUCAAGAGGGAGGCCAAAAGUCCGCAGGGCAGCCCGGGCCAUAAGAAGGUCCUGGCGAAGCUACACAGCCUUAAAGUCGGAGCUUUCAAGCCUCUACAUCAGGAAGCAAUAGACGAGUCCUCAGCUAGUAUGGAUGGCGAUGAGAUGCCCGUCGUGGAGGAGAUUCCAGGAUCCACUACACUGUGGGAAGCCACACCGAGGCCCAGCAACAGUUCGGACUAUUUUCAGUUUACGACGUUCGCGAUGUCGUUGAACGAGCUGGAUCCUAACAUGGAGCAGACCCUGUGCCCGACCGACUCCAGACUGAGGCCGGAUAUCCGGAAGCUGGAGAUGGGCGAUCAGGACGGUGCUGCGACUGAGAAAAUCAGGCUCGAGGAGAAACAAAGAGACACCCGUAAGGCUCGCAAACAUAAGAAGGGACACGACUAUGCUCCUAGGAAAUCCUAUCAGAUCCCGUCGAUAUUUUUUGAGAAGCAAGAGAAACAUAUGAUUCGCAGAUGGUUCCAAUCCGGCACGAACCCGUACACGGGUCAGGAAGACUGGUUAUACCAGGGCGGAUAUUGGGACCGUAAUUACUCCGACAUCGAGGACAUAUUUUAAUGAAGAGGGAGCUCGUUAGUUUCCAUUAAAUGUCCGGCGUCCGCGUGGAUCGAUAAUAUCGGAUCGCGGGCGGGCGGACGUGCCGACGGGCGCGGGCGUCGUUAGUGCAAAGUUAUAAAUAAAUCGCCUAAGGACAGGUGGGUAGAUUGUAAUAGGCGCCUCUAGAGGUCGAUGUCUCUGUGUAAAGUAAAGUAAUUAAAAGUGCACCGUGCGGGAGUCUUCGGUGGACAAAAGGGAGCCCGACGAGCCAUCGCGAGCAAGGAGGCUCUCCUUCCGCGCGCGCUCUUCGGGUUCCUCUUCGCUGCUGACAAGUAAUCCACUUCCUCGCUCGGAACGGAUGAAUCGAAGUGAAUCGAGACGACCGCCGUAAAAGCGAGUCGGUAAUCGAGGACCGGUUACCGUGUGCUCGAUUAUCUUCGAUUCGUCUCGCUUCCCGCGAAGCUCCGACACUAUUUUUAUAAGAGGCCAAGUCGGACGCCCGGAAAGGCGGUUCUAUCAUAGUCUCUAUCAUAGUCUCCCUGUUUAAAGAGUCCGAUGGAAGCUUCUCGAGGAGGAAGCGAAGGUGCAAGUAGAGAGAUUGCGAUGAUUUGUUUCUCGCGUCUCUCAUUUCACGUGGACUUCAUUCAAAGAGAAAUUGAAAUCAUAGGAUGCAAAAGAUAGAAAUAGUUCGUUGCGGCUAGAACGUACUAGAACAUAAUAGAACGUACUAGAAUAUGUAGGAAUGUUUAAGUUGUGCGGAUGUUAAGACAAAAUUGAGCAACGCAUUACGCAAAACAGUAGGAAUUCGUCCAAAUGUCAGGGACAGAGAUAUGAUUAAUUUUCAAUUUUUCCUCAAACAACUUCAUUGAAAUGUUCUCCAUGCAUUUGUUCUCAUUAACCGAGACAUUGAAACGUUCUCCAUUCAUUUGUUCUCAUUAACAGAGGGAUUCUAUAAUUUCAAUUUAUAUUUACGCUGCUCCAUUUCCAGUGGCAUUAUCGUUAUAUCUCGCGCAUACAAUAGAAGUCAUAUUCUGAAAUAUCAAUAAAAUAUAAAUGAAAGUAAUUUCCCGCGUCGUGUUUCUUUUCGAUAAAAUUGGUUUGCGCAAUAUUAUUAAUGUAAUGAAAAAUACACAAAAUUCAUUGAACGUAUCAAAUGAAAAAUCUUUCAUCAUAUCAAUACUUUUGCAUCCGAUUCUCUCUCUCUGUCGGACUUUUUGAUCAAGGAUCUCGUAGAUCCUCAUGUAAAUACAGCGACUGUAUAAUAUACCUAUAACAAAGUCAGAUAAACCGAACAAUGAUUCUUCGCGACAGCUUCAUAUAGAUUGAGCAAUAAUAAUUAUUUAACCUAGACUUUUCGUGAUUUGCGUUUCCCUCGCGAAAUCUAGGGAGAAGGGAAAUCGACUGAUUGGAACGGUUACGGACGAGGAUUGAUUGUUUCGAUAUAAUAUAUGGUUAUCUCAUACGAGAAAUGCAGGACGAGAGGAGAUUAAAAACGAUUCGACACGUACUUGCCGUGCAUUAGUAUUGGGACAAGAUGCAUUCGCGAAUAAUAAAUGAGGAUUUUGAAUACGCGUUUGCAUAAGUUUCGAAUAUUCAAAUAUUUGAAUAUUAGAAGAUUCAGAAAUUCGGAGCUUCGAAGUUUUGAAUAUAACUUUUAGUUUGUAAAAAAAAUAAAAUAUACAAAAUAUAUGCAGACAUGUUUCUCGUGAAAAUACGUAAAACCGAGUAUAUUGAUUUAUAUGUUUAGAAGAUGUGUCUUAAUUCACUCACAAAUGCAUAUUUGAAAUGAUUCGUCCAUUAUUCGCGAAUAUACGUGUCUUGACCAACACUAUCGAACACACGCGUUGCUUCCAGGUCAACUAGGCGUAUCUUUUGCGAUAGACGCUUCGUAGGGAAUAAUCCGAGUAAAUUAAAUGCGUCGCCGCGUGCCGUGUAUGACGUUCGUGUGACACGCUUAAUUUAGGAAGAACGACAAUAAUUCUGUUGAGGUUCUCAAAGAGCAAAAAUCAUUGGAAAGAAGGAGAAAAAAGGAAAAGAAACGAAGAACACCUGUACUCUAGACGGCACUAUAUAAAGGAUGAGACAACCAAAACAGACAUGUCGAUAACAUCUGACAGUCGCUUUAUUUUUCAUCUUUUGCUUUUGAGUUCUCUCGCGAUGACACAAUUUAUAUCAUAAUUUACAUUGUAUUCUACGUAUGCUUCCUCGUCUUCAAAUCCAAGAGAGACGUCUAGUCCGUUUCUAAUGUCAGUCAUAAGUUUUUCCUCGAGAAGCGAAGAAAUAUACUUUCUAUCGUGGAAAAUAUAUCUUGUGAUAUCGUUGUGCGAUCUAUGUGAUCUGUUCUUUGUCGCUGAACUAAUACAUACUUUCAGCAUAAAAAGGAAUAGAUAUGUAGCUGCGACUUUGCGUAAAAAGAGGGAAAUAAAACUAAUGCAGCCAGUUCAGCUGUAAAGAACAGAUCAAUGUAUCGAAGGUAGCGAACCGAAGCUAAGAAGAAAAGAGACGUAGACGGGAUAUUUUAGGUUUCUCUUAGAGGAUUUGAAGUCAUUUCGAAGUUGGAGGAAAUGCGUUGGAGUUCAGAUUGCGAAUUCUGUCGGUCUGUCGAAACCGAUGAACGUGCAUACUGUUGCCAUCGUUGAGCCCUUCAACUGUAGACGAUAACGCUCGGAUGAUAAGCGGAAUCACGCGGUUCUUCCGUAUACGAAGGUAUCGCCUCCCGCGAACGAUAUACGUACACAUGUGUGUGUAUAUAAUAUACAUAUUUACAUAUAUAUCUACACCCGAGAUAGGAUUUCUACGCUUCCAUAAAAUAACGACUACACAAAUCAUUUGUAUGAACGACGAAAACGACACUCGUGAUUACGUCGAUCGCCUCUGAGGACCUUAUUAUCGUUAACAAGUGCGUACGCAAUCUGUAGGAGUUCGUUGUGUUUGCGUUGCAUAGUUCAGCCUUGUGUAAUUGUACAUAGACGAUAGGAACAUAUUAGAAAUAAAUGUUGUUAAAAAAGAGUCUC